AUGAAUCUCAACUUAUCUGCGUCAUUAAAUAUCUUCAAACUGCUGGCGAAGCCGUCCCUAUGUCUCCCGCAUUCAACUAUCGCGACCUUCGAUGACCUCCCCAUCCCUCUAGAACGGGCAUUCGCCCAGGAUGGAAAGGACCGCCAGGUGCACAUAAAGGCCGUUGUUCUGGACAAGGACGACUGCUUUACCUGGCCUGAACGCAGCGAGAUCUACGGACCCUACAAGAAGGAUCGGUUUGAAGCCUUGCGCGCUGCCUAUCCCGGACGCCGGCUGCUGAUUGUUUCAAACACUGCUGGCGCAAAGAGCUAUGAUGUCGAUGGAAAUUUGGCAUCAGAAGUGGAAAGAAGCACUGGCGUGGCUGUUCUCACCCACCGCGUGAAGAAGCCAGGCUGUGGGGACGAGAUCAUGUCGUAUUUCCGCGGCCAUCCUGAAACGGGAGUCACUGGGCCUCACCACAUUGCCGUGGUGGGAGAUCGGCUGGCCACCGACAUGAUGCUUGCGAACAUGAUGGGCAGCUGGGGCAUCUGGGUCAAGGACGGCGUCGUGCCCCUCGACGAGAAAAGCAUUUUUUCGAGAUUGGAGAGGAGAAUCGCACCAUAUCUACUGUCGCGUGGCCUGUCUGCUCCUGAGCCUGUCAGCCCCUUUGAAUGACGGCGGUGGGUCAUGUUUGCUAUCAAUUAAGGGAACAAUCAAGCUUCUCGAGCACGUCUGAAUCGGAUCGUGUUGCGCUCGCUAGUGAUUGUCUGGGUCUCGGAGCCAAGGAACACAUUGUCCAGGCUAGACGACUCGGAUUAGCCUCCCUCUCCGGUGAAAGCGCUCCCCACCGUCUGCGUCAUGGGAUUCUGAACCAAGGGUGAAGUGGUCUUCACAACCCUGUCAGGCGCAAAAGCUUUCCCAUUGUCAGAUUCUGAUCACUGGCUUCGGUGCCGAGACAGGCCUGCCAGACUUGGGAUGAAGUCUGGCAGGUGAGAUAGCAAGCUGCCAGCCCUGCCAUUGGCCUCC